CCCGCCUUUCAACUCGUUCGCGGGAGCUAUCCAGGAAGUAUUUCAAUACCCUUCAGCAGCGAAGAUUUAUGUACUUUUUAUUGUGUUUUGGAUAAUAAUUGAUCAGUUGCCGCUGUUGUAGAUGUUCCCCGUGCUGUUGUUGAAAGUGUAUGGAGGAUUAAGUGAGUGGUUUUUGCUGUCUGUGGUCUUACCGAGAAGGAAGAGUGAGUUAGCGGUUUGGGGCUGUGUCUCAAACAAGUUCCUAUUGGAUAUGCAGCGUGCUAGCUAGUGUCUGUAGCUAGCGGUUUUUAUACCCUAUAUAGGACACCUAGAGAGGGAGUAGGGAGGUGGAUAGAUGAGUAAGAUGAAGCUCUGUAGAGCCGAAUACAGAGUAAUUGCAAAGUUCACGGAACAGCUUCGGCCUACGAGGCAAUGUAUGAAGAUGCUGAAGGAACGAUUCCCCAAUCACUCGCAGUCCACUCUUCUGAGCAUCUUCUCCCUGGAGUACCAGAAAAGAAUGAAAAGAAGUCUUGUGAAACAUCACUCAGAUGUCAUUGAGGACUACUACCAGAGGUACCGUAGUGAAGCCAGCAAACAUCCUUCAGACCCUGUCCUGCUGGAGUUAGCCAAUGAGGUGGACCUGUCCCCGUCUCUGCUGGCUCGUCUGCUGCUGGAGCGAUUCCUGGAGGAGCACCAGGGCUCAAUAUCAUCCAAGCAAGUCUUGAACAGCAUGUUGCGGGAGCCAUCUUUAAUUCCAGAUGUGCAGCUGGCCAGACAUGUGGAACAGUGCACCAUAAAUGACUGCUGUUAUGGACCGCUGGUCGACUGCAUCAAACAUGCUAUUGGUCAUGAGCAUGAGGAGAUCCUGCGAGAGAAACUCCGAGAGAGGAACCUCUCCUUUGUAGAUGAGAAUCAGCUACGGGCCAAGGGUUAUGACAAGACCCCUGACAUUAUUCUAGAAGUCCCCAUUGCAGUUGAAGGCCACAUUGUCCACUGGAUUGAGAGCAAGGCCUCAUUUGGGGAUGAGCACAGUCAUCGCACUUAUCUAAACGAGCAGUUCUGGAGUUACUGGAACAGGUUUGGCCCGGGUCUGGUCAUCUACUGGUAUGGCUUUAUAGCAGAACUGGACUGCCAGCGGGACCGAGGGAUCCUUCUCAAAGACUGUUUCCCCUCAGACAUCGUGACUCUGGGCCAUAGCCCAGACCAGUGCUGACGCUAUAGCUAAGGGUUAUACUGAGGCUGAGGGAGUGUGGGGUCACAGGGCAUUUGCUGGUGGACAUGUGAAUCCGGAAGUAAUCUAGUUUUCCUGCUGCGCACAACUAUUGGCAAACAUCUGCCCUGAACUCCAGCUGAACUCCCAGGGUUCACAGUUGGAAUCGUACCUCUGUUCAAAAUCACGCCGGGGAGCCUGGAGUCCUGGACUGGACCUGGACCUCCUGGUCCUUCAGGAAGGAGGAGACCUCUUAUCAUAGCCCUUUUCCUCAUCAUUCUGCCCCUGCGCAAACUCGUGAGACCAGCACAGAGGUCAUCCCCAUUAUCAACGUUUAUGUUCUUCAUUUUCUCUCUUUGUCUCUGAUAAGGGUGUGGUCCCAUUUGGAGCUCUGUGUGAUGACCUUUCCUUCUGUUUUUUUUAUUUGGGACAUUUCACAGGUUUGCCAAGUGGUUUUGAGUAAUGGUGAUAUUCAAGCUUUUGGUUUUUACCUUUUGUCUUUCACAUGACUGUUAAACUUGCCUUAAAAACAAAUAGACAAUAAAGUCAAAUAACCUGGAAUUUGUGCUUAGUACUCUGUGGGAAAAAAAAAUAGAAAGUCUGGUCAGGUUUAUCAAGUAAGCCAAGGUUGAUCAAAUUUGUAAAGAAAAAUUACUGUACAUAGUUAAAACAAACAAGCCAAAAAAAAAAAACAAUCUCCCUAGACUGUAGGGGAACACAGGUUGGCAUUCCACGAGACUCCUUCUGCAUGCUGUCUGGAUGAAAGACGAGAGCGGGGCCUCGGAGCUGCAGUACCAUGGUGAGAUAUGAGCGAGAUCAAGAGCUUCCCCUCCCUGUACUCAGUGUUAAUCAGGCCCAGACCUGUUAUGACCUGCUCCUCUCAGGGAGGAGUGCAGCGGAG